AUGUUUAUAUUCGGUGGAUAUCAUCGACUACUUACCAAAAGACCUAUUCUGAUUCAAAGCCUAACAACCGCUAUUCUAUUUGGCGCAGGCGAUGUCAUUGCCCAACAAUUGGUUGAACAGCAAGGUUGGAGGAAGCAUGACCACUUUCGCACUCUUAGAAUGGGCAUUUUUGGUGGUAUAUUUGCUGGCCCAGUGUUAAGUAAUUGGUACCGUUUUGUAGAGAACAAAGUAAAUAUCAACCAACCUUUCCAACGGUUAGCCACGAAGGUAGCUUUAGAUCAAUUUGUAUUUGCUCCUUUUUUCAUAGCAGCCUUCUUUACAACACAAGGCCUGUUUGAAGGUAGACAAAUACAAGAAAUAAAUACAAAGUUAUCAGAUGGUUAUACAACGGCUCUUAUCGGCAAUUACAAGAUUUGGCCCGCCGUUCAAUUCAUCAACUUUUACCUUACACCAUUGAACUACAGAUUAAUGGUAACUAAUUUUGUAGCAUUGGGUUGGAAUGCAUAUCUUUCUACUGUUAAUCAAAGAACAAUAUCGAUAACCACAAAAAAAGUAACUGGGUAA